AUGGAGGAGUGGGGCAGUAUUUAGAAGGACACAAGGAUCUCAUGGAUUCCAGUCAUGGGAACCCACCAGAGAGAUGUCCCCGUCCUCUGUAUUCCCGGGAUUCCACACAGGAAGGUCACACCAUCCCUCACCUUCAUCAGAGUGGAAUCCUCGGGGAUGAUAAUAUUGAUGUUAAUAAGAAGAGUAUAAAGAGGAGGAUGAGGAGUAUAUGGAGUGAUGGAGGAGUUUUCAGAAGGACAAAAGGAUAUGAUGGAGCCACCUAAAUACCAGGAACCCACCAGAGAGAUGUCCCCGUCCUCUGUAUUCCCGGGAUUCCACACAGGAAGAUCACACCAUCCCUCACCCAUUACAAGGGUGAAGAUCUGAUAGAUAUAAAAGUUGAGAUUAAAUCAGAAGAAGAGGCGUAUGUGAGUGAGGGAUGAUCAGCAGUCUAUGGAGGAGGAUGGAAAUAACGGGGGACAUUUAUAGAGGAGGACACUCCUACAGAGAUCAGCACAGACUGGAAAGUAGAAGAUGAGGACAAUCACACAGUAUAGUCCAGGAGAAAAACCCGGCUCCCUCCAAUGUCCAUCCGGCACCCCACCAACCCAGUGUAGAUGGACCAUCGGAUUCCUCGUAUCCUGAGGAACCUCAGACUGUGCGGGACCGGGCCGGCCUUCCAACAGGGAAGAGGUUAACUCCUGUACUGAGUGGCGGGAAAGGUUUCCAUUGUAAAUCCAAAUCUUAAUAGGCAUAAAAGAUCUCACAUGGGGGAGAAGCCCUAUUCCUGUCCUGAGUGCGGGAAAUGUUUUUCACAAAAGUCCAAUCUUUACAUACAUCAGAGAUUGCACACAGGGGAGAAGCCGUAUUCCUGUCCUGUGUGUGGAAAAUGUUUUUCAGACAAGGCUAGUCUUCAGGCACAUCAUAAGAUCUCACACAGGGGAGAAGCCGUAUUCCUGUCCUGA